CCCAGUUUCUCUUCCUGGGAUGUCUUUGAGCCAAAAGAAAGACCAGCUGGCUUGUCGUCCUUUUUGGAUUCAGUGUUACCAAAAGAUAAUGUGGGGACCUUUUCGUCCUUCUUCUCGGUCGAAGAAGCUCCGAAAGAGAAGCCUGGUGCUUUCUUUGAAGAGUCUGCAGUCUUGUCUUCCACGGGCUUAUUUCCAAAUGAGAAAGCUGGUUUUCCUGCUUCUUUCGUCUCAGUUGGCUUGGUGUUGAGUGAAAAGGCUGGUUUCUCUGUCUCCUUCGUCUCGACAGGCUUGGCGUUGAGUGAGAAAGUAGGUUUUACUGCUUCCUUCGUCUCAGCAGGUUUGGCGCCAAAUGAGAAGGCUGGUUUUGCUGCCUCCUUUGUUUCGGCAGGUUUGGCACCAAAUGAGAAGGCUGGUUUUUCGGUCUCCUUUGUUUCGGCGGGUUUGGCGCUAAAUGAGAAGGCUGGUUUUGCUGCCUCCUUUGUUUCGGCAGGUUUGGCACCAAAUGAGAAGGCUGGUUUUUCGGUCUCCUUUGUUUCGGCGGGUUUGGCACCAAAUGAGAAGGCUGGUUUUUCGGUCUCCUUUGUUUCGGCGGGUUUGGCGCCAAAUGAGAAGGCUGGUUUCUCGGUCUCCUUCGUCUCAGCUGGCUUGGCACUGAAUGAGAAAGCUGGUUUGUCUGAUUUUUCAUCUUUAUUCCCUUCGGGUUUAGCACUGAAU